AUGAAUAGUUUGAAUAUUUCUUACCAGCACAAGAAUUCGAAUGAAGUUGAACGUUUGGGUAUUCCAUUACGAGAAUGUUCAGUACAUUACAAUGCUUGCGGACGGAAAAUUAAUGAAUUACGUUAUUUAAUAGAAUUCAUUCCCAUGUUGUUUUCUAAAUUGUACUUUAGAGAUUUACAUUCUCCUUUGGCGAAUUCCGACUCAACGUCAAUUUAUGAAAGAGUAGGAAAGAAACUUAUCCCUCGUGUCAAACUUAAGAAGCUACAAACACCCAGAGCCUCGGGUAGUUUUGGUUUAUUAAAUAUUCUGGACCAACUAUUAGGUAGAAGAGCCAAAGAAAUAUUUGGACUAUUCAUGGCGGAUGAUACUAAAGCCAUUGGCGACUUUCGUUUCAGAUUACAAGAAAUUUGUCAAACUUAA